CAUCAUCAUCAGGGACUGAGGACAGUGAGACCAGCGUUCAUGGAUGAGUAUGAGGAACUACAGGAGUUCAUGGAUCAACUUUACGAGGCUUAUGUGGACCGUUUCCGAAACCUAGACUACCUCGAACACGAGUUGGAUAUACUUAAUAGAGAGGAAGAAGAACGUAUAGAGGCCAAUGAGAAGAAGCUAAGGGCACUACAAAAGAAGCUACGCGAAGAGGUGCUGGUCGAUAUCAUUGUCUUCAGUGUUCAGUAG